ACACCAUUGGCAUGGCUCGGACCGUAAUGUUGAAUCAAAAACCUAGCCCUGAGUACGACUCAUAUUUUUCAAAUUAUGACUAUUUUGACCCUCUUCAACAGCCACAAACCUAGAAGGUAGUGAUUUUGUGACGGAAGUUGCCUUCAGUUUUCUUUUCUUUAUUCUCUUCAAGCGGUGGUUGCAGAAGAGAGAGAAAGUAGAGAGAGAGAGAGAGAGGGAUUUUCAGAGAUGAAGAGUUGUGAGCUCUGCAGGUUUCCGGCGAGGAUGUACUGCGAGUCCGAUCUAGCGAGUCUGUGCUGGGACUGCGAUGCGAAGGUUCACUCCGCAAACUUCCUAGUCGCGAGGCAUUCGAGGAGUCUUCUCUGCCAUGUCUGUCAGUCUCCGACGGCGUGGAGUGCGUCCGGUGCGAAACUCGGACGGACGGUUUCGGUUUGUCAGAGUUGUGCUGAUGACUGUGAUGGAUUGAAGGAUAAUGAUGGAGGCCGAGGAGAGCAAGAAAGCGGAGGACGGAAUAAUGAUGAAAUAGAUACAGAAGAUGACUACGACGAAGGCGAUGAUCAAAGUGAAGAUGAGGAUGAGCUUAGUGGAGAUGAUGAUGAAGAUGGAGAUAAUCAGGUGGUGCCGUGGUCUUCUUCUACGCCGCCGCCUCCUCCGCCUCCGAGUUCGUCCAGCAGCGGAGAGUCCUCGAGCUGCAGCUUAUAUAAUGCCGAUGGAGAUUUAUCUUUGAAGAGAAUGCGUGAGAAUGCUGCACGCUCCGAUGAGGAUCACGGCUGUUCUUCUUCUCGACGGAAUAGUGCGCCACCAGCGGCGGAGGCUGUGUCUGCAGGAGAAGGCGGUUUUGUUGACUCACUGAGGCCUAUGAAAAACCCAAGAAUUGAGCCGAAGUGGUCUGAUCGUGUUGAAAGGCGACCGGCCAGUUCAAAAUCUGCGGCGAUCGUGGAGUCGCUUGAGAGAUUUCAUCAAUUAGACACGAAUCGUGGCCGCAACGCGUCUGCGGUGAUCGUUGGAAUCUGUAAAUUGAGCAAGAAUCCGGAAGCCCCUGAUUUGUAUUCUCCCGAGACUCCUUAGCCAUCAGAUGUGAGGUAGAUUAAUACCUAAUUAACCUCUCCUUUUUUUUUUCUUUUUUUCUUUUUUUUCUUUUUUUUUUUUUUUUUUAUUU